GUCGCGGCGACAGCCAUGAGUGUCAGCUGGUCGCCUGUGUGGCGUCUGUGGCCGCUGCUGUGGCGCAGGGUGGUCGCGCAGCGAGCGGGCCCCGCGGUGUCUUCGGUUCCUCGGCUUCCUCGGCUGGCAGAGCGAUGGCUUUCGGCGGGGCCCGCGACGGGCCUGACCCCGAGCCCGGCGAGCGGCCUGCACCAUGGGCCUCAGCCAGAGGAGCGGACCGAUGGCGACGCUCGCCCGCCACCCGGAGCCGCAGAUCACAGUGGCACCAAGUUUGACAUCGAUAUGCUGGUUUCACUUCUAAGGCAAGAAAAUGCAAGAGACAUUUGUGUGAUCAAGGUUCCUACAGAAAUGAGAUACACAGACUACUUUGUAGUUGGUAGUGGGACUUCCACCCGACACUUACACGCUAUGGCCUACUACAUUGUGAAGAUGUAUAAACACCUGAAAUGUAGAAGUGAUCCGUUUGUCAAGAUCGAAGGGAAGGACACUGAUGACUGGCUGUGUGUGGACUUUGGUAAUAUGGUGAUUCAUUUGAUGCUUCCAGAAACCAGAGAAACCUACGAAUUAGAGAAAUUAUGGACUCUACGUUCUUUUGAUGACCAGUUAGCUCAGAUAGCAGCUGAGACAUUACCUGAAGACUUCAUUCUUGGAUUAGAAGAUGACCCUGCAUCCCUGACUCCAGUGGAGUUCAAAUGACAAUAAACAAAGCAAUGCCUUUCAUCCCUUA